UCUAUGAAUAAUGAAGUACGGAACUGACAUGAAAUUCACCUAGUGCUCAGUACGGGAAAUUGCAAAAUUCUUAUUCUUAUUUUGAUUUCUGUGUUAAAACUGAAUAGCAUAGCUAUAAGAAGAACAGCUUUGAUUUAACAUCUUGGUAAACUUGCUAAUACUCACAAGGCAUGAUGGUGGAAGGUUCAGCAUUUACGAGGAACGAUGUGUUCCAAAUGGCAAUACGCGUUGCUUUUGUAUCUGCUGUGACUUAUUUCUCUAUAAAAUGGCUUGUGAACCAAAUUGAUCCAACGUCUAAAAGUCGAAAGAAGGCUGAGGAAAGAGCGCGGGAACAGUUACGCAAGAUAUCUUGCAGAGCCGGACUUGGCGGGAGACACUCACUGGUGUUGGACAAACUCACUGAUCAUGAAAUGAUAAUUGCAUCACAGCUUGUCGUGCCGGAGGAAAUCAAUGUCAACUGGAAGGAUAUUGCUGGUUUAGAUCAUUUAAUCAAUGAGUUGAGGGAGACAGUCAUCCUGCCUAUACAGAAACGGGAACUCUUCGCCGACAGCCGGCUCACACAGCCGCCUAAGGGUGUCUUGUUGCAUGGACCACCAGGCUGUGGUAAAACACUUAUAGCAAAGGCAACAGCCAAGGAGGCUAACAUGAGCUUCAUCAAUUUGGACGUUUCUCUUCUGACUGACAAGUGGUACGGCGAGACUCAGAAGCUCGCCGCUGCCGUCUUUAGCUUAGCGGUCAAGUUGCAGCCAUGUAUCGUAUUCAUUGAUGAGAUAGAGUCGUUCCUGCGCACGCGCACGCAACACGACCACGAGGCCACAGCUAUGAUGAAGACGCAGUUCAUGUCGCUGUGGGACGGACUCAUCACAGACCCCACUUGCACUGUCAUCAUCAUGGGUGCGACGAACCGUCCGCAGGACCUGGACCGCGCCAUCCAGCGCCGCAUGCCCGCCACCUUCCACGUGCCCAUGCCCGGCGCCGCGCAGCGCGAGCGCAUCCUGCAGCUCAUCCUGCGCGCCGAGCCCACCGCCGCCGACAUCGACUUUGCUCGGCUGGGCGCGGCCACGGACGGGUUCUCCGGCUCGGACCUGCACGAGCUGUGUCGCCAGGCCGCCGUGUACCGCGUGCGCGACCUCGCAAGGGACGAACUCGCGAGGGAGGAGCAGUGUAAACAGAACAAGUCCAGCAGCUCGGACUCGGACGACGAGUACGUGGACGCGGUGCGACCCAUCACCAUGGAGGACUUGCGGCUCGCUCUCGGCAAGCUCAAGGAGUCCAAGAUACAGUGCGGCACGCUCGCACCCAACAUGCGCAUCGAGCUGGACUAACCGCUGCGCCGGCAUGCGGGCUGUGCGUAGACACUACCAUAGACUAGGAUCGAUGGUGCCGAUGCAGAGGGUUAGUAUCGGAACAUUUUAGCGUUUUAGUCAUCAAAAGUCCGGGAUUCGUUUGAGGUCUUGUCUUGUAGGUUUGAUUUCAUGAAGUUCUUAAGAAGUACUAAAGCUUAACUUAACAGUUUUGUCAUGUACUCGUAAUACCAGAAUCAGUUUUAGUUCAUAAAUAUUUUUUGUAAUCAUUAUAUUUUGUCUUCUAAAUUGAACAAAUUGAUACAUCUGUACCU